GUUUAUCUGUUCACCAUGGCCUCCAAGUCUACAAAACCCACUGCUAAGGUUGCCAGACUGUUCACCAUGGCCUCCAAGUCUACAAAACCCACUGCUAAGGUUGCCAGACUGUUCACCAUGGCCUCAAAGUCUAAAAAAGCGAUUGUCAGACUGAGGCCGUAUGAAGCGAUUGGCGAGGAAACGAAAGCAAAGAUUAUUAAAGACUUCGAGGGCGGGAAAUCAAUAACGGCUCUUGCUCUCCAGUCAGAUAUGUCUUGUUACCUAAUUACCACGAUCCUGAAGAAGAGGAACGAAGUGACGGAGGCUGUUGAAGGGUCAUCACCUACACGCUGUACAGAAGGUGCCUCAGGGGAUAACACAAGGUCAAUAAUUAAUCAGUCCCAAAUGGGUGAACAGGAGCAAGUCUCGGCAGGUAUGGAGGAAGAAAAGGUGAUCAAGGAGGAGAUAGAAGUGAAGGAUCCUGAACCAGUCCUUGACAUCAUCAUCAACAACGUUGUGUCCUCCUUCUCUGUAGCAUGUCACCUAGAUCUGCACCAUCUAGCACUACACGGGAACAACGUAGAAUUGCGUAGGGAAAAUGGGGUGUUGACGAUGAAGCUGCGCAAACCUCCCACCACAGCCUCCAUAUGGUCGUCGGGUAAAAUAACUUGCACAGGCUCAACCUCGGAGGGCCAGGCGAGGCUAGCAGGCCGCCGCAUUGCCCGCUGUGUGCAGAAAAUGGGUUAUAAUGUCAAGUUUAGAAAUUUCCGGGUAGUAAAUGUCUUAGGCACCUGCAGUUUACCAUUCGCAAUAAAAAUAACUCCCUUUUCACAAAAACACAGAGACGCAGCAAGCUAUGAGCCUGAGCUGCAUCCCGGGGUCACAUAUCGAAUCGAACACCCAAAGGCCACGCUCAAGAUAUUUAGCACAGGGAGCAUUACUGUGACAGCUCCCAGCAUUGCCAAUGUUCAGAAUGCCAUUGAGCACAUAUACCCUCUGGUGCGAGAGUUUGGGAAGGCCCGGUCCGAGGAGGAGAUGGCAGAGUACCGGCGGAACCAGGCCAGAAAGCAGUACCCAAUACUCAACUUUGACGAAUUGGAAGAAGACCUGUCAUCCUCGGAGAUUGAGGAGUGUUGGGAACAGAUUUAAUGUUAAGUUUAGGAGUCCAUUACAGAGUAUACAAGAAGCCAUGUUGAAAAGGUUUUGUGAGAUUUUUUGUAAUAUUACAUACUCCCCCCCCUCCCUGCAUUUUUUUUUAUUUUUUAUUUUUAUUUUUUAUUUUUUUUUUUACUUAUAAUUAGACAUCCAUUUUACCAUUCCCAAAGACAUGUUCUCAUAUUUUCUCAAGGUAUAUUCUUGAUGUGUCUGGUGCACAAGGUACUAUUUAAUGUGUCUCAACUGAAUGAAUGCUCCUGAAACCUCUGAACACACACACACACACACACACACACACACACACACAGACACACACACAGACACACAUGCUCACUGUCUUCAUUCAUAUCAACCUCAAGCUGCACAUUGUCCCAUUAUUUGCAACAUGAAUCAAGUUGAAACUCCCCACCGUGUAUCAUGUGAUUUUGAUGUCAAGGUAUUGUAAGCAUUUCCUACCUACCGUUUCCUAGUACCAUCUUCUUAGCUAUUAGUUUGAGCUUGACUGAACUACUGUGUCUUCAUCCCGCAACUCAGACUCCAUAAAUCAUCUGCCCAAUUUUGGUUAUUCAGAAAAGAAAGAAAUUUAAACAACUUUGACCAAGUAAUUUUAAUGUAAAAAAAAAAAGUGGUUUGUGCAGCUAGUCCUGAACUGGAGUGGUGCAACAGUAACUACAGUUUGUGUUAAAAUCACAUUAGAAUGUGGAAACACUUCAUCCGAAUUACCAGGCCAGUCGAAAACUAUACAGCCAAAACACUUUCCCAUGUAACUUUUGUGCCUGCCUGCCAAAAACACUCCUUGUCGAGGAAAUAAACCCAGCAUGAAAAUACAGAGGUCACAGGUGCUGUGGUCCUCUCAGCCAUUUGAACUUUCCACUUGUAUAUCACUGCUUGGACUGAGCAUAUCAGAAAGCCGGACCAUUCUCAAGACUUCUCGGUUAAACACAGCCGUCACUUAAGUAGUGGUACUCCAUGGUGACAAAAUAUGGAUCACAGCAGCUAGAGGUCAAGUGUGCAGCAAUACAGGAUUUUAUAGUGGUUUAUUUGGACAUUAAAAAUUAACAAUUAGAUGAUGUUCAUAUACUAUUUAUACCAAUAAGUAACUUGUGCCUUCAACAGUCCUUAUGUCACAGUCUGGGAUGGAGGUGGCACUGUGAAACUGGAAGUACACAGAUCUAAGGAAGAACGAUGGUGUCUGCGUGACCUGUCUUGGACCUCUUAAGAAUCCUCUCUCUCCUGAGUUGUCAUUUGUAUUUCACAUUAGUUUGUUGUGUUGACAUCUCCAUUGUCUCACUUGAUUUUCAUUGUUUCUCAUGAUAUUUCUCUUUCAUAUAUAUGUUUUUCACUAAAUCAUGUCAUCUUCUUUUUAAUCAAUUGUUUGUGUUUACUGCAUCAUGUUUCUCAUCAUUAUACAUAGGAAUAAAAUUAAUAGUAAAGCAAAUAACAAAACAUGUGAUCUUUAAACUUUAUAGGAAUUAGUUAUAAAAGAAAACUACUACUAUUGUACAAGUAUGAUUUAAAUAUCUUCCCACUGGAGAAGAAAACAUUCUACUUUGUCUGAAAAUGUUGACAGUUAAUCUGAUUUGAACAGAUUAUAAACUUAUUUACUUGGACGACAAUACUACGAAAAGAUUUGCUUAGCCAUCGUAAUUCGAUCACAUCAUAAUGCUCAUGUGUAUGUUCUUCUAGUGGUAUCCCCCAAACAUGCUGUAAAUCUGCUGUCUCCCUUACAAGGCCAAAGCAUUUUUAUGUUACUUAACAUAUCUGCCAGUGGUCAGAGAUGAUGGUGGAAGGAAAGUGACUCGUCUUGACUCCCACCGUAGCUUGUCUCUGCCAGAUUGACGUGCAGAGAAAUCAGUCAGUGGGUCAUUUGUUUAGCACAAAUUUAUUGCUCUUGGAGUAUGGCUGUCUGCGUGCUUCCAGUGCCUGUGAGUAGUGCGUGUUAUAUUGCACUGCUCCACUGACACUGCUCUAGAUUUGGCUAAUGGGAACAAAGUUUGUAUGUGAAUUUGUAUAGUACAAUACUACUUAUGUUCUUUCUUCAAAAGGAUGUCCUGCAACCAACAAAAUCAAACGUGACAAAUUUGAGCAAAGAAUCAGUUUGCCAGACUAGACUGUUCUUUGAUGGGAGCAUUAUUUUGAAGCCUGACCAUGCUUGAAGAUUUUGUUCUGGCUGCAAAAGCUGAUAUUCCUUUUUCUCCUAAUUUCAUAAUUUGUAGUCAAAGUCUAGCAGUUGUUAGUAAGUAAUGAUUCCGGCAUCACUGACAGAACUGCAUUUAAUAUCAUCAUUAUUAUUAUUAUUAUUAUUAUUAUUAUGAGAAAAGUCAUGAUUUUUACCAAAAUGUACAUAAAGAACUCCAGGUAGAUUUUUGCUUCUUUAAUGAAGGAGCAAAUUACUGAUUACAUCAGUGUUUAUAUUAACUACUUUUAAUUGAGUUCCUUGUUAGAGGGACUGUUCUGCAUUGUUCUAGAAUAUCCAAGAUAUUGUUAGUGUUGUAUCUGUUAUUUAUGACUCCUGCUGCAGUAUUUCCAACUCCAUUUUGGCUGCCUGUGUUGAAACAUUUUACAUCUAUUGGCAUUAUCUUCAUGUUGUGUUGCUUUCUGACAUUCUUCUAGCAUGUGUAUAUAGUACUCAGUAAGGCAGUAGUGUGUGGAGGAGAGACAAGGGUUGAGUAAUGGCAGUGUGAACUAGUGUGAUGCAUGGGAAGGAUGGACGGUUUAUCCUGAUUCACGAGUUACUAGAAGCGACAGUGUUCGUGUACCGUCUGUGAACAGUGCUACAGUGAAGCACUCCUGCAGCAAGUGCAAAGCAGCUUUAUUACUUAGGAAUUAAGGAAGUUCACCAAAGGACCCGUUUUUCUGGUGAGUUUGUGUCAUUGCGUCUCCCAGAAGGCCUGAAGAAAGAAGCGAAGGGUGUAGGGAAGCCCGAGUGUGCCGCUCUGUGUUUGUCCGUGUACCGUAAGAUAAGUAAGUCUCCAGCAUCAAAGUGUAUUGUAGGUUUAUUAUCUCCAGGCCAGAGUCUCACACCACUGGUAUUGUGGCAGUAUUUUUUGAAGUGUAUUAAUGGAACAAUAAUUAUCAAGUGUAGGCUCAUCAUUUCAGAACCAACUUAGUGGCAAAUUUUCACGCCUCAGCUUGGGCUCUUAUGUAUUACUGAUUCAGAGUUUACAAAUGUUGAUGCCAGUGUAUGUUGAAAUUUUGUAUGCAAUAUUCUGUUUGGAAAUAUGAAAGAUUGUUCACUCCUGCUAACAUUAAUGUAUUACUUAACAGCUAGAAAGAGAGCAAUACAAAAAUGGCCUUUA